AUGCAGUGUUCUGUGGUCUCAGGGCCCCAGGGUGGAGGCCCCGGCCUGUCCAUCACCCAGCAGCCCCAGCAGGCUCGGCCUGGCCGGCCUGCAGCUCCAGCCUCAUCCGCCUGGCCCGGGACCUCAGCCAGCAUGCUGGGCUCUGGCGGCUCCGGACACUGCUCCUGCCAGGGCCCCAGCCACCUCACCAGCUCAGCAUCCUCACUUGGGCGGAGCGGUCACUGGAGGGGAGGCCAGGGAGGGCCCAAAGAGGAGGCAGUGGGUGGUGGGGCCACAGAGGCCGGACAGAAGGUCCCAGAACGGCCAGAGGACACGUGGCAGGAAAGGAACAGGCUCGGAGCGGACCCGAGGGCGGGGCAGCCUGGUGGCUCCUCCUGCGGGGUGGACGAGGCCUCCAGUGGAGAAAGCUGGGCCAGUCCACACACACCUGCCCACAGGGACGGGGCCAGCCUGCUCUCUGCGGGUCCCCGCCAGGUCAAGCUUCAGCAUGUGGAAGUGGGAGGUGAUACCCCAGGGGUCUGGGGCUCCCUGGGCUCAGGCAAGCAUCCUCCUCUCAGCCCACUCAAGACAGACCCGGGGAUGCUGCAAGUCCCAGAAGACAGACCCACCGGGGCUGGCAGUGUGUUCACCCAGGCCGAGGCCUGUCCUGGUCCAGCCGGCACCCACCUACUCCACGUCAUUGGGCCCGUGGCCUCUGCCGCCCUGAGCACCCUGGAAUUCACCACACUCCACCACUCCCCUGGAGCCUCACCAGCGUCCAGCCCAGCACCCAGUAUGUGCUUUGUAAUUCUCUCACAGCGCGGGGGCCUGGCACAGCCUUUAUAA